AUGCCGAGUGACACCAUUAUAUCGGCCAACGAUAGCACAUCCAACAAAGACGCUUCCAACAGUCGUAGCAGCAGUAGCGUUGCUCCAUCAGCGACCAAUGGUAGUCUCUCGCAGGAAGAAGAGUCGACGCGACAGGAAUCCUUGGGGAAGGAAGACACUCCUAAUGCUUCUGCAUCCGCGAGCAGCAGUGGCAUGCGUGCUCGCCACAAUAAUGCUUCUGGGCAAGAAGAUCAUCGUGCUAAUGAGGUUUUGGCUUUCCGUACCCUAAGCAAGGAAGAGAGGGAGAUUUACGAAACCAUGGGGAUCAUCUUCUCAUACUCAUACGAUUGA